AUGGCCGCCCUGAAGAGGUUGAUCCCCGCGCUGAACAGAGUUCUGGUGGAGAAGAUCGUGCCCCCGUCCAAGACCACCGCCGGUAUCCUCCUCCCAGAAAAGACGGCCAAGGUAUCUUCCUUGCUCUCGCAUCCCGGUCAAUUUUGAGACGGCGGACAGACACAGGUUCGAAUGAAGCGCCCGUGUGAUUUGGGCGCACAUCAUCCUCCCGGUCGUUGUUUUCUCCUUCCUCCGCCGCAUUGAUCGUCUUUGAUUCUACCCGCCGCUUGAUCUCCGGUUCCUCUAGAUGACGGCGUUUUUGAGAUAUUUCCUUCUGGCUGCCGGAUGAAAUGAGAUUUUACGGUUGUGGCCCUUUGUAUUUCUGAAUAUUGGCUUCUCCUCGUGGAUUAAUCUCUGUUCUUCGGGAUCACGACUUGGGAAAUAACUUUCUGCAGUUUUAUUGUGCGAACCUAAGCUCGAUGAGCACGAGGACCCAACGUUAGGAAAGGAAAGGAAAGGAAAGGAAAGGAAACAGACAAACUGUUUUGCUCAUCAUAGAUCAGGUUAAGCAAGCAGGUGUGAUAAGAUUUUCUGCUCCGAAAUGAUCGCCAUGUUUUUCAUCUUCCAUGGCUGCUCGGACAGGCGAAAGAUGCUUGCAUUAUUGCGGUUUCUGAAUCCAGAGAACCGUUAGGAAUGUCCACGCCUCAUUUCCUGAUCGCUGCCAUUCUAUAGCUAUGAUUGCUGGACAUCAAAUCAGGAGACUGACUGGACGUUUGCACAUCUUACUUUCCCGUUUUGUCCUCAAUCCCGAAGAUAUUUCGGACGAUGUGGAUUUGCUUCUCUUCUAACGUUUAUAUCGGAUAAUCAGUUCUUUGAAAAUCCCUUCUCCCUUUGCUUUCCCGUCUUGUCAAAAUCUCCUUUUUUUUAAAAAAAAAACUUUAAACAGCUUUUGUUUCAUAACCAGCUCUUGUUACAAUUUUUUUAUGAAUAUUAUUCAAACACCCUCAGAUCGGGGAAUGAAUCAUUCCAGUGAUUUUCUGAACUAUAUCAAGAUUUGAAGCUAGCAUGGGAUAUGUGGGAACUUGGUCAGAUUCUCUAAAUCUGAUUGCUUUUCUUUUCUUUUUUUUAAGAAUGAUGGUCUACUUAUUACAAGGAAAAUAAGGGCGAAAAUGAAGAACCUCAAACUCUGAUGAUCAGAAUAGAGAUUAUCUACUCUUUAUUGACUUUUUUUACUGUCAGCUGAAUGGCCGGCCCCAGGUAGUUUGGUAUAAGAACCCUAGCCAAUCUUAUCUGCUAAAAAUAGAGCAUUCUGACCUGGAAUUGGUCAAUUUGGGCCUGACCUGCCAUGGGCUGGUCUCAUCCAUGUCAAAACAUUCCUGUCUUGAGCAUGAGGAGCGAAGUCAAAACUGGUCUGCCGGAUCAGGAACACAAUCUUUGGCUCCGUGUUCCAUCCUCCAAAGCCACUCCUUCCAUAAUCUCGGCAACUCAGCUACCCACGGAUGCUGUCUACCGAUUUCCUGUCGGAAAUCUCCCCCGGGAACUCACAUCAUCUCCCAUCAUUUUACAAGUCAAUGGGUCUUCAAAUCUUCUCGUUUCCUUUUUUUGCGUCUAAUAUAUCUCAAUUUGUCUGUUUGAACCAGCUGAACUCUGGGAAAGUCGUCGCAGUGGGCCCCGGCGUCCGCCAUGCGAACGGGAGCCUCGUCAACGUGGCCUUCAAGGAAGGAGAUCUUGUUCUUCUGCCCGAGUACGGCGGCACUGAAGUGAAGCUCGGUGACAAAGAGUAAGUACGCCAUGUCCAGCUUUACAUCCUCCUCAGAAAAAAUCGUUUUCAUUGAAACCCAUGAUGUGAGAAUCCCAGCCCCGCGAUCUUCCCACCUCCGCUCGCAGGCAUCUAUCCUAGAGAGAGAGAGAGAGAGAGAGUGAGAGAGGUUUCGUGGUGAUUGUGCGGCCCAAGUGAAGAAUAUUGGACCGGUCGGUGUUAUAGGCGUAUAUGCUUCUUUAGGGUGGCGGGGCAGAUCAUUAACCUACACGUUUUUCUCGUCUUAGGUACCAUCUCUACAGGGACGACGACAUCCUGGGGACUCUGCACGAGUGA